AUGCGGAUGCCUUCGCUCUCCUGGGGCGAGUGCUGGCGCGAGUGCGCGUGGCGAACUGUGUACUGCGGGCUGAGUGCGUGCGAGAGAAUGGCGAGCACGCACGCCGUGCUGUCGCCGAUCUUUCCCCCGCUAGAUGUCGUCAUUGCCGCUCCCACUGCGACAUGCAGACUUUUCCCCAAUGUCCCCGCCGCGCCUGGAAUGCCUUGUGCCGGGGAAGACAGAAGCAUAUACAGGCGAGGCGCGCGGCGCUGGCGGAAGCUCUAUCGCGUCAACGGACACAUCUUCCAGGCGAAGCGCUUUAAUAGGCGAGCCUUCUGUGCCUUCUGUCAAGAUCGUAUUUGGGGCCUGGGGCGGCAAGGCUUCAAAUGCAUUCAGUGCAAGUUGCUGGUGCACAAGAAGUGCCACAAGCUCGUGCAGAAGCCGUGCUCCAACGAGCACGUGGACCCGAUCGAGGUGAAGGACGACGCCAACGGAGAGAGCGCGCUCGGCAGAGCUCCGUCUGUCAGAUCUCGUGCGGACCCCGAACCCCCAUUACCUGAGACUCCGCCGGCGCCGGUAGCACCGCCCGUCAGGAAUGAGGAUUUGGAGCCUGGCUCGCAACGCCAGUAUUCGCUCGAAGACUUCGAGCUCAUCAGAGUCAUCGGGCGAGGGUCCUACGCGAAGGUGCUCAUGGUGGAGUUGAAACGGACUAAGCGCGUGUACGCCAUGAAAGUGAUAAAGAAGGCGCUCGUGACGGACGACGAGGACAUAGACUGGGUGCAGACGGAAAAGCACGUGUUCGAGACCGCUUCCAACCACCCCUUCCUCGUGGGCCUGCACUCGUGCUUCCAAACGCCAAGUAGAUUGUUCUUCGUCAUCGAGUUCGUGCGCGGCGGAGACCUCAUGUUCCACAUGCAGAGACAGCGGCGCCUGCCCGAGGAGCACGCGCGCUUCUACGCGGCGGAGAUCUCUCUCGCGUUGCAUUUCCUGCACGAGAGAGGCGUCAUCUACCGGGACCUGAAGCUGGACAACGUGCUCUUGGACCACGAAGGGCAUAUCAAGCUCACCGACUACGGCAUGUGCAAGGAGGGCGUGAGGCCGGGCGACACGACCUCCACCUUCUGCGGCACGCCAAACUACAUAGCGCCGGAGAUCUUACGCGGGGAGGAGUACGGCUUCUCCGUGGACUGGUGGGCUCUGGGGGUGCUCACGUACGAGAUGCUGGCGGGGCGCUCGCCCUUCGACAUCUCGCACGCCGCCGACAAUCCCGAUCAGAACACUGAGGAUUACCUCUUCCAGGUGAUAUUAGAGAAGACAAUUCGUAUUCCGAGAUCCCUAUCGGUGAAGGCGGCGUCGGUCCUCAAAGGCUUCCUCAACAAGAAUCCUGUGGAGCGACUCGGCUGCGGCGAAACCGGUUUUCGGGAUAUCGUCAACCAUCCGUUCUUCAAGAGCAUCGAGUGGGAGAUGCUCGAGCAGAAGCAAGUGGUCCCGCCCUUCAAACCGCGCUUGGAAGGAGAGCGGGAUCUCGCCAAUUUCCCGCCGGAAUUCACCGACGAGCCCGUGCACCUCACGCCCGACAACGACACCGAGAUAGCGGACAUCGACCAGACUGCGUGUGACAACACGCCUGUCUGCUGCACCCAUACCACGACCACAAGCAGGCGUACGGGUACGGCGCGGAAUCGUCUUCGUCGGACUACGAUUCCGUAUGUUCUGAGCGGCCUUCGCGGAAGCCCACGCUGCUGCAGCACAUGUUCUGCUUGCCGCUCAACUGACGCACCACAAAACCAACCGACGCACCCGACAGAGAUUCGGCUUCGACCUCGACGCGACAGCAUUCCGACGACGCGAAGUCCGCCAAACGCGUCGUAUCGUCCGAUGCCGGCGUUUUGUGAAAUGUUGCAUUCCUUUUCCCUUCUCGUGUACUUAAAUAGUGCCUAA